UUGUAACAAUACAAUGAAUUUGUAGAAAUAUUAAUUGUUAAAGAUACAUUAGGUGGUAAUUAAAAUAUUGAAAUUUGAAUGAGAAAUUAUCGAUCGUUCAUAUAAUUUUAUACAAAAUUCAAUAAUUUACCCAUUUCAUUAUUGUUUAUUGGAAAUGGAUGAAGUCAAGCGGAAUGUAGGAAGCAUUGUAGAAUAACUGAUGGGUUUAGCAGUCCAAAGGUGAGGGAAAAAUGAUUGAAUCAAGGGUUUGUAGGAGGGUUUUUGAAGGUGUUAAAAGGAUAGGAUAUUUCGAAUUCGAAGGUUAAAUGAUCAAUGAAAAAUUUUCUUCAGGAGUAAAAAGAGUUAGAUAUGGGGCAUUGGGAAUUCAUUCGUAGCUCGUUUUUUCUCUUACUGGUCUAUUGAGCCUCGUGAGAUAAUUUUUUACGAAUCAUUUACAGAACUUGUCAUACUUCUAGAGAUCUCCAGCACUAUUGUCGAUGAGUAAAGUGGAGAAGCCUCGCUUAAGAGGUGUACAAGUGCAGCAGAAAUGACAGUACGAUCAUGAAUUGGCGGAUGGAAAGAACAUAGAUGGAAUUGAUGGAGAGGAUAUUUAGGAAAAGUCCGCUGAUUGUUUUAUUAUGCUGAUUUACUUGACAAGUAUCAAGGAGAAAGUAUGAGAUAUGUUGGAUAGAAUAGGUGGGACAUGUGUUUACAAAAAUUCCCCUGAAAUUGGUCAAAUAUCUGGAGAUGUAUUGUCUGAUGGUCCAACCAUUUCUCUCUUUCCGUACAGCAAAAAGUUCACGAAAGAAUCAUUUAUUUCUCAAGUUAAGAUUGUAGCUUUCAUCAUCGACUGAUUCAUUUCUAAUAAAAAAAGCAACUGCUCAUUAAUCGAUUGAAUAGUCAUAAAUAAAAAGCAAAAAGAAAUAGAUGAUUCAAAAACUGGAGCGAUAAUAUGAAUUUAAUGUUUUGAAUGACAUCAUCUAUAUAACGUCGAUAGAAAAAUGCUUAAGACUAUUUGGUGUUCAUUAUUCCGCUAUUAGAUCUAAGCUAAGAUAUGAUUUUCCAUCAAAAAAUUGUCUUCCUAGUAUUAUCAACGACAUUUAUAUUUCUAUUAAAUUCUCAUACCAGCAUGUUAGAUCAUAAAAAAUUAUCUAAUGAUAGCGUAGAAGUGCUAUAUUUGGACAAUGUAUCUAUCAACGAUUUUGAAGUGCUGAAAAAUAAAGAUUACAAUAAUACAGUAGUUAAAAAUAAACGAUCAUUAGUGUUUCCAGGUACUCUGUGGUGUGGAAUUCAAAACGUAGCAGUCUAUGAUGAAGAUCUAGGAUUCUUUUCUCUCACUGACGCUUGCUGUAGAGAACAUCAACGAUGCUCAUUCGAAGAUGAUAGAUCUAGUGGUAAUGGUCCAACACCUAGGAACAGUGUACCAUCAGUUCUUGCUGGUGAACGUUAUAAGGGAGAAGCUAUCUGCAGAUGUGAAAAGAGGUUUUAUCGUUGUCUUCGACGGACUAAUACUAUCAUUUCUCGGAACCUUGGACGCUUGUAUUUCAAUAUCAUUCAGAGAACUUGUUUUACUUAUGAUCAUCCAAGCUUGUACUGCGUCAAAUAUCAAGGGUUCUUCCGGUUGAGAUGUUUGGAGUAUGUGGUGAAUACUAGUGCUCCGAUGGUGAUAGAAGAGAGAGAUAAUCCAUUUUUCUUCUGAUAAAUUUUAUGUUCUUAUUUUUGUUGAUAAUUGUAAGCUAUACAAAUGCUUUUGUUAAGAUAGAAAUAAAAUAGUGAUAAUUAAUAUUUGAUUUUGGAUAAAAAAAAAUAAUAAAUUAA